AUGGGUCGUCCUGUGGGCAGCUGUCCAUCAAUCCUAAGUAGUAGCAGUAGUGAUAAUGAUGAUGAUGAUGGUGAUGGUGGUAGUGAUGGUGAUGUAGGUGAUGGUUCUGGUAAUAAUAGUAGUAUUAGUAUUAGUGGUGGUAGUGGUAGUGGUAGUGAUAAUAGUAGUAGUAGUAGUAGUAGUAGUAGUAGUAGUAGUAGUAGUAGUAGUAGUAGUAGUGGUAGUGGUAGUAAUAUUUGGAUGUCAAUCAUCGAUGCCAAUAACUGA